GUUGUCAAUUUUGACAGAUUGACGUUUUGUCUUUCGGUGUUCUUGUUUCUCGGUUUAUAAAUAAACACGAAAAUUGUUGUGAAUUUACAUUUAUAACCAAGAAAAUAUGCCUCCUGAAAUUAGACUUACUGUAUCCCAAAACGACAAAUUAAUACAGACUAUUACUAAAACAGUAGAAGGUCAACAUUUAGUUAAGUCCCUAGAGGAAUUCCAAAUAGAAGCGAAUGCCGCAUUGACGAAGAUGAUAGAAGAACUCGGUGAAAUUGGAGAAGCUGGUGGUGAUGCUAACUUGGAGGAUGAUGAGGAUGAUGAUGAUGAGACUGAUGAUGACGCUGACAGUUCCCUUUCUACAAGUGAGGAUUCAAAAGGACACAGUACCUCCAAAAGGAAGAAACAUAAUUGAACACCUUGUGACUGUGAAUAUUUAUAUCUUUUUAAACAUUAGUUUCUUAAUUAUAUUGUUCAGUUGAUA